UCUUGCGCAUGCGCGCACCAGGGGGGCGGCUCUGUUGAUAUGUUUUGUUUUCUGCUCUCAUUAAAAGAGUCUCUGGAGCCUCAACGGGCAGCUGCGACAGUAAACUCCUUCUAGGUAAAAGUGACCUUGUGCCAGCCAACAAGAAGACGAAGCCAUGGGGAAUACAAGUAGUGAGAGGGCUGCUAUGGGUCAGGGGGAGAAGGCUCAGCGGAGGGACAGCCGGGGAAACAAGGAGGGCGAGAGGCCAAAAAUCCUCAUGGACAGCCCAGAGGAUGCAGAUAUCUUUCAUGGUGAAGACAUGAAAGCCCCUUUAGAGAAAGAGGAGUUCCUUGCAUGGCAGCAAGACUUAGAAGCAGACGAUAAAGGACCCACUUUAGACCGGCCAACAGUAUUUCGCUGGACUGGAGAUGGCAAAGAGGUCUUCCUUUCUGGAUCCUUCAACAACUGGGCCAACAAGAUACCUCUAAUAAGAAGUCAGAACACCUUUGUUGCCAUCGUGGAUCUACCGGAAGGGGAACACCAGUACAAGUUUUAUGUGGAUGGCCAGUGGACUCAUGACCCUACUGAGCCAGUUGUAACAAUCCAGAUGGGGACGGUGAACAAUAUAAUCCAGACCUCUCCAGCUCUCCUCCCGGGCCGUAUCAUCAGGACGCCUAUAUUCCGAAGCAAGAAGAGAAAUUUAAGUCGCCACCUAUCCUCCCACCUCACCUGCUUCAGGUCAUCCUCAACAAAGACACUGGAAUUUCUUGUGACCCUGCAUUACUACCUGAACCAAACCAUGUCAUGCUCAACCACCUUUAUGCUCUGUCCAUUAAGGAUGGAGUGAUGGUGCUCAGCGCGACACAUCGUUACAAGAAGAAAUAUGUCACCACUUUACUGUACAAGCCAAUCUGAGUGAACAGAAUUUAGAAUCCUGCUUGAGUUUGUUAACUGUGCACUGAGUGGACAAAAUAUGAGCCUUCCUGUUCCCUCCUCAACAUGGAAAGAGCAGAUGAAUCCAGGUCCGGUUAUAUCUGCCUCAAAGAACCUGCUCUCAGAGGUCUUUUGAGUGACUUUUUCUCCAAGUGACCACAAAGUUAGUGACUACCUGAUUUCUUUAUCCCAACUUGUGAGGACCAGGAAUAAGAAUCCUAAUCUAAAACUUUGAAAAGGCUCUGAGAUUAUAUAUCUUGUGCACUCAAUGUAUAUCCAGUUAGUACACACAACUGUUUAGGAUGAUAAAAUGUCACUCAGUCACCCCAGCCCUACAUAUCCUGCCUUCAUGUGUUCACUGAUUGCCAUGUAGAACAGCACACUCUUUGCUUAGUACACAGAGAGGAGGUAAUAAUAAGGUAGAACUUUGGAAGAGGAUUGGUAAUGCACUGAAAAUCAGACUGAAAGCCUUCGAAUUGUGAGUUUGUCAUGAUUACAACAAAGAUAAGGGUACAAUCAAGAAUGUGAAUGUAAAAGGUCAAAGAAGGAAAAAUUGCACUGCAGUAGUUUUUCACUGUUUCAAUAUUUAUUUAUGAUCACACAGCACACAAUAGGAAAUUUCUGUUGUUUAAUGAUGCAUGUAUAUAUUUUUUCUACUAUGGUUGAUGUGGUUUGUUUUCUGUUUAACACUCCUUUCUUUAGUUAAAUGCAGCCUUUUGUCAAAACCUUUACGCUCAACACUUGACUGGAAAAUGUGUAUGAGCAGGUUUUAGUGGGCUUAGAGAAAACCUCAUCAAUCAGGCACAGGAACAUAAAAAUAUUAAAAUAUUUCUGAAUAAUUAGACCUUAAAUUUAAGUUUUGCAUUACUAAUAUGCUUACAGUCUAUGUACAAUCAAAUAACGACUAUAUCAGGAGAAUAAAUCUUAACUUUGUCACAGCGUUUCAACAACAAUAAACAUGCAGCGGAAAUGCAUUUAAAAAUCAAGGAACACACUGCACUGCUUCAGAUAAAUGUAUGGUUGUACUACAGGAAACAAAAUGUCUAAUGUAUUUGUCGCAGAUUGCUUCAAGUACUGGAGCACAAGUGAAGGGACCAGCACAGGAUCACAUUUCAGAGUUAUGUAACUGAAGAUAUAUUUUUAUAGUUUCUGGUCUGCAUGCAUUUCAUAGGUUUGAGAUACGACUGCGUUUAAGUUAAAGGCAUGACAUGUAGCAGCUAUUUACAUACAUUUUUCAUAUCAUUUAAAUGAGGAAAUAAGUCCAAGGUGUGUCUAUUUUUGUCCGAUGCUGAAGGCCAGUAGAAGCUGACAAUCUCCUCAAUAAAAGACUCUGUUGUACUGUUUUGUCAGAACUAUUAUGGUAUUUAUUUAUUUAUGCCAAUAUACCGAUAUUUCAAGUAAAUUGCAGUAUUGUUUAAAAUGUUUUUGACCAUUUGAACCAAGCUUGUGUGAAGACAAUUUCCUUUUGAAGAGAUAUUUGUAAUAAAGACUAAUUACAAAAUG